CUAUGUCUGAAAAAUACCGGAGACUUACGAUUAAGCGAUUCCCCCAAUCUGGCGAAGCCAAGUCUGAAGAAGAGAACUUCUGGAAAAAAUUCCGAUUCCCUAUACUCAUAAAGCAACACACGGCCAUAACUUCAAUUGAUUUUUCACCCGUCUUGCCAUAUGACUUCGUGGUGACUAAUUCCCUAUGUGCUCAAAUCUUUAGCAGUACUACGAAUGAAGUUCAAAAAACAUUGAAUCGUUUCAAAGGCACUGCCUAUAGCGUAAAAUAUCGGUCAGAUGGCCAAUUACUUGUCGCUGGAGGAGAAGAGUGUGUCAUCAGAGUAUUUGACGUAAAUACAAAAUCGGUGCUACGUCAUUUCAAUCAAGCACACAAAAAACCCAUUCAUGUCACUCGGUUCUCACAAAAUAAUACCCAUAUUUUAUCUGGAGCCGAUGACUGUUAUUUAUCUUGUUGGGACAUUGUUAGUCAAGCUAAGGUUACAUCUAUUGAGGCGCACAAAGAUCAUAUCAGAUGUGGAAUCAUAUCUCCGACUAGUGAACACAUAUGGGUUUCUGGAUCUUACGACCACACUGUUAAAAUUUGGGAUAUGAGGUCCAAUCAAUGUGUAUCGACUUUAAUGCAUGAAGACCCAGUAGAAGACGUGCUGAUGUUACCAAGCGGUGGAAUUCUAAUUUCUGCAUCAGGAAAUAAAAUCCGCGUUUGGGAUAUACUGGGUAGUUUUAAUUGUUUGGAAACUAUCUCUAACCACCAAAAAACCAUAACAGGGUUAGCUUAUGAUCAUACGCGAUCUAGACUAUUUGCCUCUUCUCUAGAAAGCAACGUCAAAAUUUACGACAUCAAUUCAUACAAGCUAGCUCACACAAUCAAGUGUUCAGCUCCUGUCCUUUCUGUUGCCGUUUCACCUAACUCUACGAGUUUGGUAGCAGGAAUGAAUAAUGGAAUGCUCGCCAUCUACCACAGAAUAGUCAAGCUCAAGGAUAGAUCAUUAAAUCAUAAGAUCGAAGUCGACAAAAUUACUCAUCAAUACUUAAUGAGAGGCACAACCUUGGAGGCAAGCAACCGUGAUAUCAAAAUUAAUUGGUCUAAAAAGCAAAGAUUGGCACCGUAUGAUAAAUAUUUGAAGAAAUUUCAAUACAAAAAGGCACUUGAUGCCGCACUAGAGUCAUCACCUUUAGUAGCUGUAAGCAUGAUCGAAGAGUUUAUAAAAAGACAUGCACUCAAUGUUCCCCUGUCUGGAAGGAACGAAGUAACACUCCAGCCUAUAUUGCUGUUCACAUUAAGAAAUAUUACCAACCCUCGUUACAUGUCAGUUUUGCUUCAUGUGCUACAGACUAUAUUAGAUCUUUAUAAGUCCACUAUUGGUAAAUCAAACAUUACCGACAGGAUUUAUAUUAAACUUGGAAAAAAACUGAAAAGUGAAAUUAAGCUCCAGAAGCAAUUAUUCAAUUUACAAGGCAUUUUUGAUUCACUCUUUGCCACUCAAACCAUUUACACCAUGAUCAAGAAAAACGUCAGUAAUACAAAACAGCCAUCCAAUACCAUGUUCUUAGAAAAUGUUCGCCGUCGAGAAAUCUUAGGAAAUGACAUAUUAUGAGAGAAUGAACCAGAGACAGGUUUUUUAUCUUUGCUAACCAAACAAAAAAAAUAAAAAUCUGUUUUUGUUUUAUUAUUGCGGAUAGUUUAGGGGCGAUAGGAAGCAUUAGACACCAUAAACUAGUCAUUUGAAUUUGCCAUUUCAUAUUUUGUGUAAUGUUUCUUAACUCGCAGGAAAACAGUGACAUUCACCCAUGUUUUACAUGUAUUGACAAUUCGGAGCAAAUCUGUCCUUGCAACUUGAAAUUUCAAGAAUUACAAACUAGUAGUACCUGUAGACCUGGAGAUGAUAAAAAGUUGUUUUACGUCGACAAAGGUCUAUACGAAAAACAUGUGUGUAGAGUAAUGUUAUCUAGGGGGUGGAAGCAAUUAGUCCAAUGCAAUCAGUAUAAAUUAUCACAAGGUCAAUGUUGGGCUGACGAAUCGAUCGUAUCGGCGUUAGAGCUUAUCUGGACUAGAAAUCGUGCAAACUUCCCUUAUACAGCCUUAAAAGAUACUAAAAAGAUGUGGAAUCAUAUUACGAACGAAUAUCUACUUACCAAAAAACAUAACCUCGCGAAAUAUUUAGAUGAAUAUAUUAAACAAAACAAAGAUCAAAUUUCUGAACAGUUCCACGAAAUCCAUCCAGAGACAUUUUUUUUAAAUGUUCCAACAGAACGAGAAAAUUUUUUAAGGGCACUUCAAGAAAGUGAGACCAAACGUAUCCAAACCAAACACCAAAGCAAUAAUUGCGUAGACAACAAAACACUCUGGAUCAUCAAGCCAGUCGAUUCUAGUGGGGGCAAAGGAAUCCAAAUUAUUGAUUCAUUCAACAUGUUUAAAGAAAAAUGCAUAGAGCGUAAGAAAAAUCGACUCAAAAAUAGUAUUAUUGCUCAGAGAUAUAUUGGAUCUCCAUUACUAUUAAAUGGACAUAAGUUCGACAUCAGAGCUUAUAUGUAUAUUGCUAGAGUUGAUCCGCCCCUUGUUUUCUACCAUGAUGGGUAUUUGCGUGUAAACAUUGAACGCUACGACACGAAUGAAUUAGACAAUAUUUGGUCCCAUGUCUCUAAUAUUACUCUUCAAAAACUGCAUCCAUUAUACGAAGAGAAAAAACAGAGCACUAAAUGGUCUUUCAAAACAUGGCAAAACCACAUGCUUCAAAAGAAUCUCGUGAGCGAUCCAAAUUGGGUAUCGAAUUGUAUCAAGCCGCAAUUGAGGCAAAUUAUGGCAAUCGCAUAUAGUUCCGUAUCAGAUAGAUUGAAAAGAUACGGCGAAUACUGCCUUUUCGCGCUAUUAGGGGUUGAUUUCCUUAUAGAUUCGAACAUGAAAGCAUGGCUUCUGGAAUUCACAAAAACACCUGCCGGACAUUCUACUCUGGAGCCAGAUGACACUCUUUUUGAAGAUAUGAUGGAUGAACUACUUUCCAUACAACUCGAAAUUGUACAAUCCGAUACGCUUAAAUAUGGAGAACGUAAUGAUAAUUUGGAAAUAAAGUCUUUGAAAGACUUUGUUCGCAUCGUCUAGUCAUCUCAAUUAUGAGAGUACACAUAUAAAAAUUGUGGUUACAUUUUCCUACAACAUGCUGCUCAUAUCUGCAUAAAAUUCUGAAGAGAGUUGCAUUAUACUGUUAGGGACUGACGUUUUAAGUACAAAAAUCUAUGUCAAUUUACAAGGUGUGCUUGAAGUAUAAGACGUGAUACUGUCACUUCUUCUUGGUGUUGGCCUUUAUGUCUCGUGUGCCUGUAUCCUCCUAGCCAGGUCUCAUGCGCGAUUUUAUUGCUGGUGAAACUUAAAUUUUUUACCCUUUCAAAGACAAUCACUCGUUCAUUGAGUUAAGAUAAUCAGGGACAUCAGUUGUAUGUGUUUCCAGGCCAAACAAAAUAGUCAACGAUUUCUGACGUUAGUACUGUGCCAAAAAAAUAUCGAACGACAUACUUUUCAUUUACAAUCCGGAAGCUUAAAAUAGUCAAGCUUUGAUGAUGUGAGCGACCUAGGACUAUGGGGACAUACGAUGCAAACACAUCCACCGACAAAAAAGCGGGGUUAGGUGGACGAGGUGCUUUCAAUACCUGGGGGUGAAAUAUUCAAAAUACUUGGUCAGAAGCUGAAGCUCUUUUUUGGCCUCGGUACCUCAAUGCUCCAAUCAUCAAUCUGGAUUCGUUUCACUGAACAGCAAGAAAACCUAAAGGCAUGGAAGUAAAAUAUAUCUGCGCACUGAGCCACAAAAGAUUUUAUAGCACUGUUUUACGAACAUCGAAUUACCUUGGUCAGUCUGUUAGUGUUCCACUAUUCAUAUCCGACGCUAUUUAAAAUGGCCUGGACUCCUUGUCUGAUAUAGUAAACAAUAAAAUUCUAUACAAGGCUCUCAGUAACUGAUAAAAAUUAGAAAUUCAGUUAUUCUCUUCAAAGCUACAGUCGGUUUCCGUCUAUUCCGAAACAGCCGUUUUAGCGAACUCGGCCAUUUAUUAAAAUUUUAGCAAUAGUUAGAGUUGGUUGCUGUCAUUGCUGUGCUAUCAGUGUUAUUACCAAACAAGUUCUUACGUGUAUGCUUUUGACGGUCGAACUCAAGAAUUAAGAAAAUUUGCUCUUCGAGCGAAACUGAGGUGACGCGAUGUACGUGAUGUCACAAUAUCGAUAAAACGUACGAAAAACAAGUCUUACUAGAAGACUCAGAAUUGAGUGAUAACGGCUUCUUUGAUUGUGGAUAUGCUCAAUGGCAAAUUGACAUUAUGCGUUAGUGUCCUCUUCGAGUUUACUAUUUACUUUUCUUGUGCCUUGUUAUUAGGCGUUGAAAUAGCCCACGUUUACGUAAAUUAUAGAAACUAUAGGAAGCGAAA